AUGCUGAAGAAGACCAGUUCAGACUCCAGGGAGACGACAGGAGAAAGGAGCCACAAUAAAAAUAAACAGGUUCCGUUUACUGCUGAAUUUGGUAAACUGUUGACAAAAAGCAGUCCAGGCUUUGGUGCUUUGAGCCAGCAUUCAUUCUUCUCCCGACACAAUCCUCAUCCACACAGAGUGAGGCAUAUUCAAGGACUAAAUGGUAGACCCAUUUGCACGGUGAGAGAUGACUGGUUUGUCACAUCUUCAUUAUUUCCACAUCCACUUCUUAAGAGCCACGUCAUCAGUAAAGCACCCGAGCCAGCUUUUGCCUCUCCAUUUGCUCAAAAUCUUGCCUGCGGAAUCACAAACAAAUCUGCACUUUUCUCAGAGGCCUGGAGGGAUGAACUGAAAGAACUAGCCACCAAAGUAUCUUUGUCUUCUCAGACACAAAAGAACAGAACAGAGAGCCAACCUAAGGAAGAACUCAUCCGUCGAAAGACUCAAUAUUCAGCUGUAACUGGGAGAAUCAUUCCUUCAUCCACCAUGUCUUAUCAACGGAAAUCACAGCAUCAGCGUGCAAACUAUCCUCAACCAUUCCACGAUCAAGAACUCACGGUUCUGGAGUUACUUUGUCAGAUCCUACAAACAGACUCUCUGUCCGCAGUGCAGCAGUGGCUUCUGCUUGCAGGUGAAAGAGAAAAAGAUCUGGUGAUGGGAAUGAUCCGAGAAGCUCUGGAUGGUCUUGACCUCUCACACCAUGAUCGUCACAGCUUCCAGCAGCCCAAUUUUGGUGCAUCUGGAUACACUCCAUCAUAUAACCAGCCGUGGAGAAAAUUAUGGAGAAUGAGCUCAUACCAACCAAGUCUACGCAAUGAAAAACCAGAAAGGAUCGGAGAGGCAGAGGUUCUUCAAGUCCAUACAGGACCUUAG